AUGCAGACCCAUCCCAAUCUCAAGCAAGUGUCUCCUCGACAGUCUCGACAGCUACCGAAUUGUCAACUGAGCGGACCCUCCAUCGCCCUUGAAGUUGCAUACUCAAAAUCCGACUCAAAGUUAAGUUCUGACGUCCGAUUUUGGUUGAACCCUGGUUUGCAGGGACUGCAGAAUGACGCGAAUGUCAUGCUGGUGGGAGGCAUCAAGGUUGUUAUCAUUGUGAAGUGGUCGAAGCCGGCCAGGGGACGUGUCUCUGGCACUGCAGAGCUAUGCAUGUGGGAUCGCAACGGCAUGCCUAAUGCCAACAUUUGCUUGACACUCCAUAUCAAAGGUCCCGGCCUGAAAUUGGAUUGA